CAAUGACAAAUUUAUUAUGCUGUCUAGCUUGCCUUUUCUUGUAUGUCCAGCUGCUCUCAUCACCAAACAUUGCUUUUGCUUCUUCUCUUGAAGCAGAGGCUCUUCUCAAAUGGAAAGCUAGCUUUCAAAAUCAAACCAAGAAUAAUCUGAUCUCAUGGGCUUACUAUCCAAAAGUAAAUACAAUCCCAUGCAACGGUUGGACUGGUAUUUCAUGCAACACUGCUGCAAGUGUCAACAGGAUCAACCUCACCAAUUCUGGGAUUCAAGGUACGCUAUAUGAAUUUCCAUUCCUGUCCCUCCCUAAUCUCGAAUACAUUGACCUCAGCUUGAACCAACUCUUUGGUGCCAUCCCAUCUCAGAUAAGUUCCCUCUCCAAACUCAUCUAUUUUGACCUUUCUUAUAAUCAGUUGUCUGGGAAAAUCCCACCAGAAAUUGGUCUUCUAAAUAGUCUUCAAGUCCUGCACCUAAAUGAGAAUCAAUUAAAUGGCUCAAUUCCUCAAGAAAUUGGUCAGCUUAAGUUUCUUAAUGAGCUUGCUCUGCAAACCAACAAUCUAGAAGGUCCAAUCCCGGCUUCUCUCGGUAACCUUUCCCAUUUAGCUGGACUGUACAUGCAGAACAACUUUUUAACAGGUCCCAUUCCUUCAGAUUUUGGAAAUUUAAAACACCUAACCAUGAUGUACUUGUCCAACAAUACACUUUCUGGUUCUAUUCCUUCAGAAAUAGGAAAUUUGAAGUCUCUAGUGGAAUUAUGCAUUAAUGAUAACAAUCUAUCCAGUUCAAUCCCGUCAUCAUUAGGCGAUCUAGCAAACCUUACCCUUCUCUAUCUCUUUAAUAAUAAUCUUUCCGGCAUAAUUCCAAAAGAGAUAGGGAACUUAAAAUCUCUUGUGGACCUACAGUUGAGCGAUAAUCACCUUAAUGGUUCCAUCCCCACUUCACUUGGUGACUUGAUCAACCUAGAAACCUUAUUCCUACGCGUUAACCAACUUUCUGGCUCCAUCCCCCAAGAGAUGGAGAAUCUCAUGAAGUUGAUUGUGCUGGAACUUGACACUAACAAUUUUUCUGGUUAUUUGCCACAAAAUAUUUGUCGUGGCGGAUCACUACAAAACUUUAGUGUAAACUCCAACCAUUUCAUAGGUACAAUCCCCAAAGGUUUGCAAAAUUGCAAGAGCUUAGUGAGAGUUCAUCUUGAAGGGAACCAACUAACGGGCAAUAUAUCUGAAGACUUUGGUGCCUAUCCAAAUCUUCAUUUUAUUGACCUGAGCCACAAUAACUUGCACGGUGAAAUCUCACAGCUCUGGGGACAGUGUCCGCAAUUAGCAACACUACGAAUUGCAGGGAACAUGCUUACUGGUAGAAUACCACCUGAGAUUAGCCAUGCAACCCAAAUUCGUGAACUCGAUCUUUCUUCCAAUAGUUUAGUCGGGGUGAUCCCAAAGAACUUUGGGAGAUUGACUUCUUUGGUGAAUUUGAUGUUGAAUGACAAUCAACUUUGGGGUCCUAUACCGUCAGAAUUUGGAUCGUUGACUGAUAUUGAAUAUCUUGACUUGUCCACCAACAAAUUCAACGAGUCAAUUCCAGGCAUUUUUGGUGACUUUCUCAAAUUACACUACUUGAAUUUGAGCAACAACAAGUUCAGUCAAGAAAUUCCAUUUCAGUUGGGGAAGUUAGUUCAUCUGUCCCAACUUGAUCUAAGUCAUAACUCACUUGAGGGUAAGAUACCAUCACAAAUGAGCAGUAUGCAAAGCUUGGAGAAGUUGAAUCUUUCCUACAAUAAUCUUACAGGUCUCAUUCCAACAAAUUUUGAUGAAAUGCAUGGCCUGUAUCACAUCGACAUAUCCUACAAUCAACUGCAGGGUCCAAUCCCCAACAACAAAGCAUUUCAAAAUGCUCGAAUGGAUGGGAAUAACGGAUUGUGUGGCAACGUUGGAGGACUAAAACCCUGCAAUCAUUCUGUGGAGCAUAAGCAUACCUCAAAGAAGGCGUUCUUAAUCAUUUUCCCUAUCUUGGGAACACUUUUACUUGCUUUCCUGGCAUUUGUUUUGAUUGGAAGAAGAAAAAGUAGAAGAAAGCAAGAACUGGAAAUCAAACAGAGCAAUAUGCACGAAAGCUUUUUCUCAAUAUCUAAUUUUGACGGAAGAAAAAUGUAUGGAGAAAUCAUGGAAGCAACCAAUGGUUUUGAUGUCGUCCAUUGCAUCGGGAAGGGAGGACAGGGAAGUGUCUACAAGGCAAAGCUCCCAUCAGGCAGCAUUGUUGCAGUGAAGAAAUUCCAUCAAACACUUGAUGGUGAGGAGGCAUCUCGGAAGGAGUUCCUUAAUGAAAUAAGGGCCUUAACUCAGAUACGACACCGAAACAUUGUGAAGUUUCUUGGCUUUUGUUCAAGUGCCCAACACUCGUUUUUGGUCUAUGAGUAUUUGGAAACAGGUAGCUUGGCUGCAAUCUUGAGCAACGAGAAUGAAGCUGAAAAAUUGGACUGGAGCACAAGGGUGAGAAUUGUAAAAGGUGUUGCUCAUGCGUUGUGUUAUAUGCAUCAUGAUUGCUCACCACCAAUUGUGCAUCGAGACAUAACAAGCAGCAACAUUUUGCUGCGCUGUGACUAUGAGCCUUGUGUUUCGGACUUCGGCACUGCUAAGCUUUUGAAUCCAGACUCGUCGAAUUGGACUGCUCGUGCAGGCACAUAUGGAUAUGUAGCACCAGAGCUGGCUUAUACAAUGAAGGUAACAGAAAAAUGUGAUGUUUAUAGCUUUGGAGUGCUGGCACUGGAAGUGAUCAUGGGAAAGCAGCUAGGCGAUUUCGUCUCCUCCUUUUCAUUUCCAUCCACCACCUAUCCAAACAUAUUUCUCAAGGAUGUGUUGGACCAAAGCCUUCCCCCUCCUACACCUCAACUUCAAGAUGAACUCAUAACCAUUGCAAGGCUAUCAAUUGCAUGCAGACAUUCCCAUCCACAAUCGAGGCCAACAAUGCACAUGGUUUCUCAGGCGUUAUCGUUCCCAACUGCUUCUUCCAAUAGAAGAUCAAUUGAUAUUACCCUUGAACAACUCAUUACGAUCUGAUUUGCGUGUGCCAUAUGUAUAUUGUAGUCAUUUGAGUACUUCUUUUCAUGUCAACUUUAGCAUAUGUAUUGUUCUGUUUUAUAUCAGAGUAACUGGUUUAACCAGAUUAUUCUAUUUAUUACCACCUGUUGUAGAAAAUUCACAUCACAUUUUAAUUUCUAGAACUAAACCUUGUGCUGAAUUUAAAACUACUACAAAAUUGUAAAACCACGACACAAAAUAGACGACGGUGUAGUUUAAAACUAUAGGUGUGUUUUAAAAGAUAUUACAAAAGCGUCGUGAUAUACAAUUUUAUACACCACUAAAAUAGAAUUCUGUUUUAAAAGACGACAUUUGUAAUUACAGAGGUUGUCUUUUAAAACACGCUAGGCUUCGUCGUGAUCGAUAACGUCGUCUGCUCCACUGCGACUUUACUCAAGGUUUCUGAGCUCGCCAUCUCGUUGCGCCGCCGUGAUCAAACCCAUCGAAACCCUAAGCUUGCUCCUUCUGCAACAAAACCUCUAAAGCCGCCAAGGCCUCUGCAACAGUUGGCUAUAAUUUCUCAAACAGAGAUGAGAGAUGGUCUUUGAUUCGCGAAUUUGAAGUUACUAUCUCGCUGAGAAGAAAAUUCCGUCUAUCCAUGGACAUACAAUGGGAUUAAAACUAAAGCAGUUCAUAUUUGAUGCGUUUCCAUGCGCACCUUCAACUGCACUUUUUGAGGGUUGCAUUUGUUUGCCAAAUAUUCAGCAUUGCAGUGUGGAUUUAAGAUGUUCACUAGGGCUGCUACAAGAAUGCUUUUCACUAACAUCCGUUUGAACAGUUAAUUCCACUUUAGAUUGUAUAGAUAGCAUUCUGUUUGAACAGGUGGUGCUUUGAUGUUAAGGUGGUUUACCUAUGCAAAUGGUUCAAAUUAGAAUGAUUGAGAUAUCUGUAAACUGGUGGAUCAAAGGAGAACCCGUUAAGCGUGCCAAAUAUGCUCUAGGAGCUUGUGCUCAUGUCUGUUGGAUAUAGAACUGCUAUGUAAUUACUAUUGAAUUUUCAAGUUUUAUGAAAGAAACAAUUUGAAUAUAUUGGUAAAUUAUGAUCUUCAAGUUUUAAGAAAGAAACAAUUUGAGUAUAUACGUAUGGCGUGGGUAAUAGCAUAUUUGGACAUGAA